CCACAAGGAGGGAGUUUGUUUUUUUGGGAAGGUCCUUCUUCGAGUCUGGACGGUGCACGAGCACAGGAUCGGGGGAACCGAGCGCUUUAACUGUUCCUGAACAACUCUGGGAAAGAAGGAGCGUUAAUCAGAUAAGCAGCGGCUACAUGGAGACUGUGAACAGCACGAUGACAGAUUCGUCAGACAACCGCAGGGUGACUGAUGUGAUGGAGAAGUACACGGAGGUGAGCUUUGGCCAGGUAAAGAACACACUGCCCUGCCUUGUGCGUAAUUUCGCAGACGUUGAUCCGCUGGCCGGAGAUUUUACCGUCAGUGCGAGCCAGGACCGCACCGAGGACUUUCUGAAACUCAAACCGGGGCCGUGGGAGGACAUCACGGACAAAGCUUUCCCACUCAAUGAGAACACGAACUUAGGAAUCUCCAGCACAGACGCGUGUAAGUUUAUUAAAGACGAGCGGGAACCGGCGCUGAUCUCUGCGCCUCCGCGCGCCGCCUUCGAUAUACCGCAGAGUAUCGACUCGCUGGAUGUGUCCCCUUCUUCCCUCGCCCCGGUUCAGACGCUGAUGGACUCCAGUGCAGGGCAUCUGAUGGAUAUUCCUCAGCCGGGAGCGUUAGUGUCUCUGCCCCAGAUGAAGCUCGAGGCAGCCGCUGCGCUCGGCUAUGACUCUGCGGGAGCGUGUAAGAGUGAGAUGGGAAAAUGGGACCCACACCUGUGGUUCUCCGCCGCGCUGGCUGAGGAGCGACCAGGGCACAUGGGCUUCUCACCUCCGGAUGGCUUCCACAGCUCGGGCUUCAUCCAGCGCUCUCCGGCGGUGUUCAGCGCCUUCCCAGGUGCACAUACACAGAGAGUGUGUGUGAUAUGUGGAGACGAGGCUUCUGGCUGCCACUACGGAGUUUUGACAUGUGGAAGCUGCAAGGUGUUCUUCAAGAGAGCUGUGGAAGGCCAUCAUAACUAUCUGUGUGCCGGGCGGAAUGACUGCAUUGUGGAUAAGAUCAGGAGGAAAAACUGUCCUGCAUGUCGUCUCAGAAAAUGCUACCAGGCCGGGAUGAUGCUCGGAGGCCGUAAGUUGAAGAGAUUUGGUGUUCUGAAGGCCAUGGGCGUUGGACCGUCCCUGAUGUUUCAGGGCCAUGCUUUGGCCUCCAUGUCAUGUGUUCCUGGGAUCCAAGACCUGCAGUUUUCUCCCCAGUUUGUAAACAUCCUUGAGAACAUUGAACCCGAGAUGGUCUACUCCGGCUCUGAUAACUCCCAACCUGAAACGCCACAUCUGCUCCUGAACAGCCUGAACAGACUGUGUGAGAGACAGCUGCUGUGGAUCGUCCGCUGGUCCAAGGCUUUACCAGGUUUCCGCAAUUUACACAUCAAUGAUCAGAUGACACUGAUCCAGUACUCCUGGAUGAACCUGCUGGUGUUCUCUCUGGGCUGGAGAACCUUCCAGAACGUCUCCCCUGACUUCAUGUACUUUGCUCCUGACCUCAUCCUCAGUCACGACCAUCUGAGGGCUACUCCGAUCUACGACCUGUGCCUGGCCAUGCAGGUGAUCCCUCAGGAGUUUGCAAAGCUGCAGGUCACCAGAGACGAGUUUCUGUGCAUGAAGGCACUGAUGCUUCUCAACACCGUUCCUUUAGAGGGUUUAAAGAGUCAGAGUCAGUUUGAUGAGAUGAGACAGCACUACAUCAGAGAGCUGAGUAAAGCCGUCCAGAUGAAGGAGAAAGAUGUGGUGGGAAGUUCGCAGCGUUUCUACCACCUCACCAAACUCAUGGACUCCAUGCAUGAGAUAGUGAAGAAGGUCAACCUGUACUGCCUCAGUACCUUCAUCCAGGCCGACGCCAUGAAGGUGGAGUUUCCUGAGAUGAUGUCGGAGGUGAUCGCGUCACAGUUGCCAAAGGUUCUGGCCGGCAUGGUCAGGCCCCUCCUCUUUCAUGGGAAAUAA